AUGCAUGUGCAUGCUCAGUCGUGUCCAACUCUUUGUGACCCCAUGGACUGUAGCCCACCAGGCCCUUCUGUCCGUGCAAUUUUUCAGACAAGAAUACUGGAGCCAGUUGCCUUGCCCUUCUCCAGGGGAUCUUCCCGACCCAGGGACCAAACCCAUGUUUCCUGCAUCACCUGCAUUGGCAGGUGGAUUCUUUACCACUAUGCCACCUGGGAAGCCCUAGAGAGUGCAUACAGACUACCCAAUUUCCCUUUUCACUUUGGCCACCAGGCAGCAUGGAGGCUAAUGCUAGUUUUACAUGCAGCUCCUAUGAUGGGCUUUAUGUCUUGUACAUGUACGAUGAUUUUCCCAGCCUUCUAUUUUAAUUUACUUACUUUUUGUUCUCAAGUUUGUUUUUAA